UCAAUUUCAAUUCAGUCAAACCACACUGAUCUGGCAGCUGGAGGUACGUGCUUCUGUUUACUAGAGAGCCACUAGCAUCCGCAGCGGCCGCCGUGUGAAGCUCCCAGGAAGCAGAGAGCAACAAGCCGCCUCAUUUCCAGCGACUCCAGCCAACGUUUCGGUUGAAAAAAAAAAAAAAGUAACAGUUGCUUUUGGAGAAAUGGACGAAAAGGCGUUUACAAAAGAGCUCGAUCUGUGGAUCGAGCAGCUCAACGAAUGCAAGCAGCUCUCCGAGGGACAGGUGAAGACUCUAUGCGAAAAGGCAAAGGAGAUCCUGACCAAAGAGUCAAACGUCCAGGAGGUGAGGUGUCCGGUGACGGUGUGCGGCGACGUGCACGGCCAGUUCCACGACCUCAUGGAGCUGUUCAAGAUCGGGGGGAAAUCCCCGGACACAAACUAUCUGUUCAUGGGAGACUAUGUGGACAGAGGGUACUACUCUGUAGAGACGGUCUCUUUGCUUGUAGCACUAAAGGUUCGUUUCCGGGAGCGCAUAACAAUCCUGAGAGGAAACCACGAGAGCAGACAGAUCACGCAGGUCUACGGUUUCUACGACGAGUGCUUAAGGAAGUACGGAAACGCCAACGUCUGGAAGUACUUCACCGACCUGUUCGAUUACCUCCCCCUCACCGCCCUGGUGGACUCUCAGAUUUUCUGCCUUCAUGGAGGCCUGUCACCCUCUAUAGAUACACUGGAUCACAUUAGGGCCCUGGACCGUUUACAGGAAGUACCACAUGAGGGUCCGAUGUGUGACCUGCUGUGGUCGGAUCCUGAUGACCGCGGCGGCUGGGGCAUCUCUCCUCGAGGGGCAGGCUACACGUUCGGUCAGGACAUCUCGGAGACUUUCAACCACGCCAACCGCCUCACUCUGGUGUCCCGAGCCCACCAGCUAGUUAUGGAGGGAUACAACUGGUGUCAUGAGAGGAAUGUGGUGACGAUUUUUAGCGCUCCCAACUACUGCUACCGCUGUGGUAACCAGGCGGCCAUCAUGGAAUUAGACGACACUCUCAAAUACUCCUUCUUGCAGUUUGAUCCCGCGCCUCGCAGAGGAGAGCCGCAUGUAACCCGCCGCACCCCAGACUACUUCCUGUAAAUCCCGACCUCUUCUAUCAAAUCUUGUACAGUCAACUCCAGUAUUGCCGUUAUAUGACUCUGAACCAGUAUCGACGUGAAUGAGGAGCACAGGUCUGGGAGAGCGGGGUGGGGGAAGCAGCGCAGCAGUGCACAGUGUAUAUCCAACACAAUGACCUAUUUAAGCUUGUUCUGAAAGGAAUGCAUCUAUGGAUGGACCAAACGGUGUGUGCCAUAAUCGUUGCAAUGUUCACUGCUGAGGACUUGUAUUCAAAAUCUCCUUCUCAGAGUGAAUGAAACACUAAUAUUUAAAAUUCUUCAUUCUGUACUGAUGUAGCUGGGCUGAUCCAGUCUGAGAUAAACCCGCAGCUGUUUGAGUCCCACCAGUUACAGCUUUAGUUGACUAGAUCUGAACAUGUUUGCACUUUUGUACAUUUAAAUGACUUUAUAAAAUUUGUAUCAUAUGUCAAAAAAAGGAUAAGCUUCACACUACAGAUGUGUUAUGAUUUUUUUUUUCCUCCCUGUUUUUUUUUUUUUUUUUUUGUAAAAGUUACAGAUAACGCCCAAAUCAAUAAAGCUUUACAGAGUUUUUGUCCCCAGUAACUUAUGAUAAAACUCCUUCCUGUACAGUAAUACAACUUGGUUUCUAUAUAAUGGAUGAUGGUGUUCAUCCUCAUCUACUCACUGACUCCCUUCCCUGCCAGACUCUGUAUUUUAACAAAAGCAAUUAGAAUAAUAAAGAUGGCUUCUUGA